UAGUUUUACAGAUUCGGCCAUCUUUGCGGCGGGAACUAGCGUUAAAGUAUUGUAGCGUGGGUAGGGCGGAGUCUUGUAAUUGUAUUGACUGGUGGCUCUUGCUUUAAAUUGGAUUGUUUCUUCCUGUCGCAUUCGUGUUCUUGAAAUUUUAGUACUGAAUUAUAGUUUGCUAAAGGAUUUCAAAUGGCUGACAGAGAAGAUAACGUGUAUAAAGCUAAACUGGCAGAACAGGCCGAACGAUAUGAUGAAAUGGUGGAAGCUAUGAAGAAGGUAGCCUCAUUAGAUGUGGAAUUAACAGUAGAAGAAAGGAAUUUAUUAUCUGUGGCUUAUAAAAAUGUUAUUGGAGCAAGAAGGGCAUCUUGGAGAAUCAUAAGCAGCAUUGAACAGAAAGAAGAAAAUAAAGGUGCUGAAAGCAAGCUUGAGAUGAUACGGCAGUAUCGGUUACAGGUGGAAACAGAAUUACGGGAAAUUUGUCAAGAUAUCCUGGAUGUUCUUGAUAAGCAUCUUAUACCAACUGCUUCUUCUGGAGAAUCUAAAGUAUUUUAUUAUAAAAUGAAAGGGGACUAUCACCGAUAUUUGGCUGAAUUUGCUACGGGUAAUGACCGAAAAGAGGCUGCUGAAAAUAGUUUAGUUGCUUACAAGGCUGCAAGCGAUAUUGCCAUGACAGAACUUCCACCCACACAUCCAAUUAGGCUGGGUCUCGCUUUGAAUUUUUCAGUUUUCUAUUUUGAGAUUCUGAAUGCUCCCGACCGUGCGUGCCGCUUGGCAAAGGCUGCUUUUGAUGAUGCCAUUGCCGAACUCGACACUCUUAGUGAGGAGAGUUAUAAAGACUCUACGCUUAUCAUGCAAUUACUUCGAGAUAAUUUGACUCUCUGGACAUCAGAUAUGCAGCAUGAUGGCGAAGGUGGUGAACAAAAAGAAGCUGUUCAAGAUGUUGAAGAUCAAGAUGUUUCUUAAGAAUAACUGAUUUAUUAAAGUCUCCAAUAAUUCACGAUAAAAAAAUGUGAAAAAGACUGUUUGUAUUUGUAUUGGUUGCCCUGUAGAGUUUUUCUUUGCUCAUCUUGUGAAUAUCCUAUUUCAUUUUUCUUAUUAUUGCAUCCUUAAUAGAAACCUAGCUGUUAUCAAUUUUUUGAUUGCCUUUCAACUUAAAUCUAUUAUAGCUCUCUAAUUUGGAGCAUGUAAAAGAAUUAUCAGCUAUUACGGUCACAGUUUUUUAUGUCUAAAUAUCACUCAAGCCAAAUACAUAAAAAGUUGCCUGUUGGAUUCUGUACAUUGCUCCUAACAUGUAAUUUUUUUAAAAAUUGAAGUCGUGCAAGUUCAAUUCUGCAUUGAAAUAAGUGUAGUUUGUAUAUGAAUCUCCUUAGGAUAUUAAUUUUUUUAAUAGAUUAUUUAAAUAUAUGCCUAAAGUGUGAAUAACUGUAGAAUGCUGCAUGCAUCAAGUUAAUAAUUUUAGUUUUGAAAACAUUUAUUUCAUGCGGCUGAUGGACCAAGCACGAAUAUUAUAAGCUUGAGGCAUUUUCCCUCCAUUCCAAAGAAUAUCCCAUCUUUCCUCAUAUCAUGUGGGAAAUAUAAUCAGUUAUAAAUUUGUAUGAAAUGUCAUUGCUCUGCGAAUAGCUGCAUUCCAUUUUUCCUACUGUUUUUUUUUUUUUUUUUUUUUUGAGUUGUUAGUGAUUCUUUGUAAGUUUGGAUGUAAAAGAAAAUGCAGUGAUGGUGUUAUACAUUUAUGAUGAAAUAUUUCUCAAUAUUAAUUGUGAAAUUUCUUUUGUAAGAGUUUGCUGAUAUGUUUAUGUGCCACACAUCAAAUUUGUAACUAUUUUUCUUUUCUUUUUCUUAAAAUGUAUGGAGGCUGUAUAUUUGUGGCCAAAAACAUCAUAAAUUAAAAUUCACUGUCAUCAUUGCAACUUGUUCUUGUACUGUGCUUUAUGGUCAUAGUUUCAGUCUGUAAAAAAUGUAUUUAUUUUUAAUCAUUCAGUUUUUUUUUUUUUUUUAAAUUCAAGUUAUCCUUAAAGUUCUAGUUUUAAAUCUUCUUUCGCUGUAACCUGUUCUCCGUUUGGACCUGUGGGUCCUUUUGGGGUUUCGAUGCGUUCCAUCAAUUUCUAACAUUGAUGCACUGUAGUAUAAAUAUAAGUAUGUGCUGUGUAUCUGUCUUAAUAAAAUAAAAGCUGUUUUCUGUAGUCA